AUGUUUCUUGAGCAGCAUAUCAUCAUAUUCAAAGGAUUUCUGAAGGAUCAUACUGUUGCAUUGUGGGAUCUGCGUAACCUGAAGCUGAAGCUUCACUCUUUUGAGUCACACAAGGAUGAAAUCUUCCAGGUCCAGUGGUCUCCCCAUAACGAGACCAUCCUGGCUUCCAGUGGCACAGACAGACGCCUCAAUGUUUGGGAUCUAAGUAAAAUCGGAGAAGAGCAGUCUGCGGAGGACGCAGAAGACGGGCCACCCGAGCUGCUGUUCAUUCAUGGUGGGCACACAGCUAAGAUCUCUGACUUCACCUGGAACCCAAAUGAACCUUGGGUAAUCUGUUCUGUGUCAGAGGACAACAUUAUGCAAGUAUGGCAGAUGGCUGAGAACAUCUACAAUGAUGAAGAGCCGGACACCCCUGCGUCAGAGCUGGAAGGGCAGGCGUCGUAACUGAUCUCAUUAAAGAUCUACAACCCUUUCAUGAAUUCCUACUCCUUAGCUUUUGCUUUGCAGUAUUAUUCAGUAAAUUCCAUUCUCUUACUUCCUACUCCAUAAAUACCAGAUACUUUAUCCAUCACAGGGUCCUUCUGUAGACACUUUUCUAAAAGGUUUACCCCUUAGAAGUUUGGCCUCAGAUGGUUUGGAGAAACACUGCACCACUUUUUCAAUCACUUCUGAGAAGUUACAGCCUGGUGUGGCUUAUCACAGUUUUAGUUUUUGUGCAUAAACCUGGUGUCAAUUUGCAAUAAAUCUUUUGUAAUAACUUUUAAAA